AUUAUUACUUAUGAGCAAAAAAAUAAACAUUUCUCAACCAUUACCAAAAAUUAAUUGGAAAGAUAUGGAAAUGGAGGAAGAACUUACUAUCAUAAUACCACAUGCCAAUUUAUUAAAUAAAAUUAUAGACCCCAGAUCUAGUCCUUAAGAAUUUUUUGUACCAAUAGUAUAUAUUAUUUGAUUGUAAGAGAUUUUCAGCUCAAUAACACAUGAAAGAUGCUGAUGGCUUUUUUAUACCGCUGCCAAAAGAAGAUCCAAAAAAAAAAGUAUAACAAUAGCAUCAAUAUCAAAAUGAAAGAUAUUAAAUUAAAUUAGAGGAUUUAAUAUCAAUAGAUGAUCUAGGUUAAGGUUCAAGUGGGAGAGUAAUAAAAGCAUUACAUAGACCAACAAACAUGCUCGUUGCACUUAAAGUAUUGAUUGUAAAUAGUAGACAAUACAAAUAGUGAAUGAUGAAAAGUUUACUAAAUAAGUAAAUUUAGAACUGGAAACAUUGGUCAGCUGUGAUCAUUAAAACAUCAUAAGAUGUUAUGGUGCAUUUUUAGAAGGAGCUUCAGUGGCUAUAGCAUUAGAAUUCAUGAAUUUAGGAACAUUGUAAGAUGUAAUUAAGAAAUAAGGAAAAAUUCCUGAAGGCAUGUUAGGAUUAAUAGCUUAUUAACUUUUAAAAGGUUUGGAUUAUUUACAUAGAACUAAGAAAAUCAUUCAUAGAGAUAUUAAACCUUCAAAUUUAUUGAUAAAUAGUUAAGGAGAAGUGAAAAUAUCAGAUUUUGGUGUGAGUGGUCAGUUAUUAAAUACAUAAGAUUAGAGAAGUACUUGGGUUGGAACAGUGACGUAUAUGUCACCAGAAAGAUUUCUAUGUGAGCCCUACUCUUCUAAUACUGAUGUUUGGUCUUUGGGACUCUCUUUACUUGAAUGUGCUUGGGGAGUUUUCCCUUAUCCUCAUCCUGGAUCUAAUGAAUUAACUCACUAACUUGGUUUUUGGGAAAUCAAAGAAUACAUAGUUUCUAGGCCUGCUCCUCCUUCGCCUUCUGAUUUUUCUUAGGUUGGAGCUGAUUUCAUUGCAAUGUGCCUAUAAAAAGAUCCUGGAUAGAGAAAAAGUGCGGCAGAAUUGUUGGUAUAUAUAAUUAUUUUAAUUAUUUUAGGAACAUCCCUUUAUUAAAUAAUAUGAAGAUGUGAGUCUAUAAUAUUUAGAAGGCUGGCUUAACAUUAAUUAAUGA